AACAAAUAACUAACAAUAAAGUUUAAAAAUUACCAGAUAUAGCUUCUGCUUCGAAAUUGGCGCCUUUUAUCGAUUUACCGUCUAUCGGCUAUCGCAUCAGCUGUUUUAGUGUCAUCACUAAUUGAACUUCAAUUUGUUUUUUUAUUUGACAUAACCAUAACACACAAUAAAAAUGCAAAUAAUCAGGAAUUGCAGUAGUAAAUUACUCAAACACAAGUACCUGUGCCAGCCAAAGGUGUACUGCCUGUACUACAGCACAGUUAAAGAUGCGACUAAGGAGCUCCCACUGGCCACAGGAUAUCAGCCACGACCUGUGGAGCAGGCCUAUUGGGAGCGGGAGAAGCAACAUGCGAACCUGCCUAAGGCUUCAACCAGUGGUUGCAAGCGGGGAACCUAUCGCAUGCUGCUGCCGCCGCCAAAUGUAACCGGGAAUCUCCAUUUGGGACACGCCCUCAUGGCCACAGUACAGGAUGUGAUAGCCCGCCAGCGCCAGCAGCUGGGCUACCAGGUGGACUGGGUGCCGGGCACAGAUCACGCGGGGAUUGCCACCCAGGUGGUCGUGGAGCGCACCAUAUUGGCUUCGCAGGGCAAGACGCGUCAGGAACUGGGACGUCCGGCCUUCCUGGACGAAGUGUGGAAAUGGAAGGCGGAAAAGGGCGCCGGCAUUGUGCAGGACCUCCGCCAACUCGGCUGCAGGCUCAACUGGCAGCGCGAGUACUUCACCAUGGACAAACAGCAGGCCCAUGCGGUGAACGUAGCCUUCGAGCGACUCUUCGACGAGGGUCUCAUCCGGCGGCGCAACUCGCUGGUCAACUGGUCCACCAGUCUGCGCUCCGCCAUCUCCGACAUCGAGGUGGACGUGGUGGACAUCAAGGAACCCACGGAGAUUGCCGUUCCGGGCUACGAUCACAAUGUACUCUUUGGCAGGAUCUACGAUUUCGCCUAUCGCGUGGUGGAUGGCGAAACGCUGCCCGACGGUUCGGUUGAGGAGAUUGUGGUGUCCACCACCAGGCCUGAGACAAUUUUGGGAGACGUUGCCGUUGCCGUGCAUCCGCUUGAUCCACGCUACAGCAAGUACCGAAACGUUGAGGAGGUGAAGCUCAAGCAUCCCUUCCGCCACGACACAAUUCCACUCGUUUUUGACAUCUCUGUGGACCAGGAGUUUGGCACGGGAGCCGUGAAGAUCACUCCUGCCCACGACAAGUUCGACUUCGAGCUGGCCACGCGUCAUAAGCUGGAGCCGCGCCAGGUGUUCAGCGAAACGGGAAUGGUAGUGGAGGCUUAUCCCGAGUUCAAGGGCAAGCCGCGUUUCGAGGCAAGAGAGCUAAUUGUGAACCGGCUGGAGGAGAUGGAACUGCUGCGCCAGGUACGCUCCCACAGCAUGCAAUUGCCGAUCUGCUCGCGUUCCAAGGAUGUCAUCGAGUACAUGAUCUUGCCGCAAUGGUUUCUCAAGUGCAAGGACUUGGCGGCAGAUGCCUUGUCCGAGCUUCACAGUGGGCGUCUGCAGAUCCAGCCCACAAGCUUCGAAACGGAGUGGGAAAGAUGGCUGCAAGACAGUCGCGACUGGUGCAUAUCCAGGCAGUUAUGGUGGGGCCAUCAAGUGCCCGCCUAUCAGGUGACCGACUCCAAGGGCAACAGUCAAUGGGUGGCCGCCGUUGACGAGCAGGCAGCCAGGAAAAAGGCCAUUCAAUUGGUGGGCAGCGAGGAGUUUACACUGACGCGUGAUCCCGAUGUGCUGGACACUUGGUUCUCCUCCUCACUGCUGCCAUUCUCCACGGCUGGCUGGCCGGAGGAGUCGUACAAGGAGCGAUACCCACUGGACCUCAUGCAGACCGGCCACGACAUACUCUUCUUUUGGGUGGCACGCAUGAUGAUGAUGGGCCUGAAGCUGACCGGCCAGGCGCCCUUCCAGAGGAUACUGCUCAAUGGGAUUGUGUGCGAUGCCCAGGGCCGCAAGAUGUCCAAAAGUCUUGGCAACAUAGUGGCCCCCCAGCAGGUGGUUCAGGGAGCCAGUUUGGAGAGUCUGAAGGCUGGCCUAGAGCAAUCCUGCGAGGCGGGCAUCAUUAAGCCCGCGGAGCUAAGCACUUCCACGGCUGGCAUGACCAAGAUGUUCCCCAAUGGCAUCCAGGAGUGCGGUACCGAUGCCCUGCGCUUUACUUUGAUGAGCCACAACAUCAAGAGCCAUUUCAUCAGCUUCGAUGUGAACGCCUGUUACACCAACAAGCUGUUUCUUAACAAGAUUUGGCAGGCGAUGCGGUUUACCCUGGGAUCCGCCAAGGGCCUGGGCAUUUCGCUGCAUCAGUUCGAGACCUUGGAGGGGGUAAAUCUGAGUGUGUGGGAUCGCUGGAUCAUUGGCCGCCUGGCGGAGACCUUGUCCAUUUGCUCGCAGAGCUACAGCAAUUACAAUUUCCACUUGGCCACGGCAGCCUUGAAGAACUUUUUCUAUCAAAAUCUAUGUGAUAUCUACUUGGAGACCACCAAGACGGCGAUAGCCAAUCGCACUGCCGAUGCCUACAUCCAUGUGGGCACCCUGACCGCCUGUCUCAGUUGGGGACUUCAGGCCAUGGCCCCAUUUACGCCCUUCGUGGCAUCCGAGCUGCUGCAACAUGUGCCGCUCAACAUUGAGCUGAAGCUGUCCGACUACCAAGACACCCAGCUGGAGAACGAGGUCAACGAAAUAGUGAACAUCUGCCAGAACGUGCGUCAGGUGAAAAGUCGCAACGAGAUCAGCAAACGGCACCAGCCGCAUCUCAGUUUGUUUGCCCAGAAUUCCGAGGCGGAGGGAGUGCUGCGUCGCCACUUACCGCAGAUCCAGGUGCUCACCCGUUGCGAGGGCGUGGAACUGGAACUGCUCGACGAGAGCUCAAAUAUUUCCAAGCAACUGAGCUUCUUUUCUACGGCGGGUGCACUUUGCUCCUUUGGCUUGAAGUUGAGCGAUGGGUUGGCACUUUCGGUGGAAAAGCGCGAUGAGAUGCAUAUGGCCAACACCAAGAAACUGAAGAAGCUGGUCAAUGAGCUCCAGCGGUACCGCAUGCGUCUGGACAAUGAAGCCUUCCAGCUGAUGGCCGACAAGACUGUUAAAACGCAUUUCGAAAAUAAGGUCAAGGAGCUUGAGUCGGAAAUCAACAGCCUCACACGGCUGGCAGCGUGAUCCUAAUCCGUGGUCAUUUACAAAAUCAGUUUAGAUAAUGCCUUUGUUGUUGUUAUAGAACCGACUAAAGUCGCCUGUUUGUUUUAGAAUUAAAGACUGUCAUAUUUAUUUAGGUGUAUAA